AUGUCCACCACAUCUAAAACAAAAGAUGGCUCCAUUGUUCCAUCCAAUAGCAGCAGCAGCAGCAGCAGCAGCAGCAGCAACAGCAACAGCAACAGCAACAGCAACAGCAACAGCAACAGCAACAGCAACAGCAACAGCAACAGCAACAGCAACAGCAACAGCAACAGCAACAGCAACAGCAACAGCAACAGCAACAGCAACAGCAACAGCAACAACAGUGUAACUGACACCAAGGAAUCAUCCUCAACUACUACUACCGCCACUUCAAAUUCAAACAAUAAUAAUAUCAAUAUUAACACAGAAAGACCAAAAAAGAAAAGGAAACAAAUAGCAUCCAUAGAUAAACCAAGGAAAAUUCAAGCAUGCGAUAGAUGUAGAUUGAAAAAGAUAAAAUGUGAUGAUUUAAAACCAAGUUGUUCACAAUGUUUAAAAGCUGAUUUCCAAUGCAAAACUACUGAUAAAUUGGCAAGAAGAGGAUUCUCUAGAGGUUAUACUGAAAUGCUUGAGAAGGAAGUAGUUAGAUUACAAAAAUUCAUUCAAGAAAAGGGCUUCCAUGAUCAUGAAAGACAGGAUUUUCAAUAUCAAAGUAAUAGCCCUAUCGCAAUUGAUGAUUCAACAACUUUGCAUAAUGAGAGUAAACAGGACCAUCACGAUGAUAAAGAUGACCCUGAUGAAAUUGAAAUUGAACUUGAAGAUGAAGAUCGAGAUGAAGAUGAUAGGAAACCAUACGGAUUUCCAUUGAUCAAUGAUACUUUUUAUUAUUAUAAUAAUUAUCGCAAUGAUCCCGAGAUUAAUGAUCAAUUCAUGGGACAUUGUACAUGGAAUCUUAUUAUUCAACCAACUACAACUACCAGCACAAUUAAACAUAUUAAUAACAAAUCAACCACCGCAACUUCUUCCUUUUCAUUAGACGCAUUCUUAAUUAAUACAAUGAUUUCUAACUUACAAUUGGAUUCUCAAUAUCUUUUACCAAAAUUCAUUAUAAAAUUAGCAAAUGGUAAUACAAAAACAUUAGAUAGAAUGUUAAAUUGGGCCAUCUUGCAAUUUAAUAAAUCACAUAAUUCAUUAAUGCCAUUCCUUUAUCCUUUCGAAAUGUGGAAAAAAAAAAUAUCUAAACAUUUAAAUUAUAUUUUAAAUUCUCAUGGUAUAAAUAUUAACUUAAUUGAACCACAAACAUUAUUAGCAAUAUUACUUAUUAUACAAUUUAAUUGGUCUUGUAUAGAUCAAGAAAAAUUGUUCCCAAUAUUGAAAAUUGUCGCUAUUGUUUCAAAUCCUAAUAUUAAUAUAUUACAAUUGACAUUAUUGGGUACAUUUUAUUACAUGACAAUCACAGAUGAUUUCGCUUCCUCUCUAUCCCCUUUUUUAUCCCCUUCCAAAUCUAAACAUAUUAAAAACGCUCCAACUGAAUUAUUAAAUCUUUGUUAUUCACAAGUUUUAAAUUUAGCAAUAUUCAUCAAUCGUAAUAAUUUGAAAGUUUAUGGUGACUUAUUUUUAACAACAGAUCAUAACAAUAAAAAUAAAGAAUUAUCUAUUAUAAAUUUUAUCACUUUUUGGAUAUUCCAAUUCUUAGAUUCAUGGUGGAGAUUCAUCCAAGGAUUACCCAAAGUGAAUUUCCUCAUUGAAGAAUUCCAUCCAAGAACAAUAGAAUCAUUAAAUAUACCUUCAUUGAAACCAUUCUCGUUAUUGACUCAAUUAUUUUGUGGAAUAUUUGAUGGCUCAAACUUAUUACAUAUCUUAUCCAAAGGUGGUAGAACAUUAUUAAGAGAAACAUUAUUGAAAUUUAAAGAAAGUUUGGAAAAUUUAAACCUUUAUCAUAAACUGAUUGAUCAUGAAGAAUUUAUGGAUAAUGAUUCAUAUAUAAUAACAAAUAAAUUAUAUUUGGAAAAAUCUGAUCAUAUAGAAAUUCAUUUAACUUUAUAUUAUUUGACUCUCCUUUUAAUUUCCAAUACCAAAUUGAUUCAAAAAAAUUUAGAAGAACAAGAAGGGGAACAUGAUGAAGAAAAAUUAUCUUUAGAAAUAUUAUCAUUGUAUUAUCUUCUAUUAAUUGAUUCCAAUUCAUUUAAUAUUCCUCAAAAUUUUAACAUUUUACAUGUCUUACCAUUGAAUAAUAUCGAAAUCAUUAACCUUUGUUUGAAAAAUUUAAAUACUUGGGCAAUCAAAACUGCAAAUGAUGAUCAUUCCACUAUUACUGAAGUCAAUAAAAGAAUAUCCACUGGUAAUAAUUUAGGACGAGAUAAAUUCAAACAAUUACAAACUUUUUUAAAACAAUGGUGUCAAAUAUGGUAUUUCAAUGAUCGGGAACAAAAUAAUGAAUUCAUGAAAGAAUUAGAGAAAAACUUUAAUUUCAAAUUAUCUCAUAACACAAAACCAACAAAACAAAGUUCUGCUGAUACAACAAACACAGAUAAUGAUAGGUUUUUAAGUUUUAUGAAUUUGAAUAAUUCAGAAUAUAUUGAAUCUAUUAAUAAGAUCAACAAUGCUGAUGAUUCACCUCAAAAUUCUACAUCUAAAGAACCUACCACGGCCCAAGGAAUCAAUACCAUAUCGAACACUAAAUUAUUUGCAAUGCUAAACUCCUUACCUAAUCAUCAUCAUCAUCAUCAUCAUAAUAAUAAUACUAAUAAUAACAAUACUUCAAAUAUAAACGUAGUUGAUCCAUAUAAAAUGAGUUCACAAACUCCUAAAUUAUCUACAUCUGUUAGUAAUUUCUAUCAUUCUGAUCUACACAAUGGUAACAAUAACAAUAAUAAUAAUACAGGUAUGAACUUGUUUGGAACUCAAAUGAACCAAUUCCAAAAGAAUAUCAACAGUACCGUUCUUAACAACAAUAACAAUACUACUACUACUGAUAAUAAUAAUGAAAGUAACGCAAUGCCCCAACAAUCAGGGAUCAAUAAACUUUUCAAUCCAGCUAUGAGUUUCAACAUAUUACAAGAUGACGAGACAGAUGAAGGUUAUGCAGAAGAUAUAGAAUCUGAUGAUAAUGACUACAAGCCAUUAGAAUUCAAGUUUACCACAAAACGCUUAUCAACUACCAGCAACAAUAACGAUAACCCUACUAAGGAUAAUAAUAAUAUUAAUAAUAAUAAUAAUCGUGAUGAAAUAAAAUUGGAUCAAUUUCAAAGUGAUCAUAUCAUAUUAAGCUCUGAAAAUUACACCACAACUGGAUCACCCGUAAUAAAACAAGGUAAAGGUGGAGGCGUAUCCAUUGAAGAAUUAUUAGCCAAUGAAAGUAAUUUACCCUUAACAAGAACUAAUUCAUUAAGAAAUUAUUUACUUGAUAACAAUUUUAGUAGAAUACAUUCUCAAUUAUUAAUAUUGCCACCCCCACCCGCACCGCCUCCAGCACCAGCACCAGAACAUGAACAUGAACAUGAACUGUCGUCCGUACGGCAAUCACAAACAAUAAUAAAUGAUAAUAUUCAACAACAACAACAACCCUCGGGAACAAAUGGGAAGGUGGAUCAUGUUAUACAACGAUCACCUGCUGUUGUUAAUACUCCAAGAAUUGGCAUUCAAAGCUUUUCUAACCUAUUUUCAUUAGAAUCUCCUAAAGGUUAG